GUAUUGCCAGUGAUCAUGGCACUGAGUGCUGAUCAGGAGCUGAGUACAAGUCACAUAGCUGCCCAUAGAGUGCUCUUUCCAGGGUCUCUGCUAUAGAGGGAAUCCAGCUGUUGGAAUGCAACGGGUAACCCUGUAAGUGCCAGGGGCAGUAGUAUUGUGACUCAACAGUCACCUGUGUUUAUAGUAUUGUGACUCCGGCAGGGUUGUCACCUUUUCUGGAAAAAAAUACAGACCUUCCUAUAUUCUUGUUGUUUUUUCCUAUUAAUAACAUUGGCAUCAAUUAUAAUUUUUACCGGCCAGGUGGCAACCCUAGACUCUAGGGAUCUGGCAGCCAGGCUGGGCAGGGCGAGCUGAUGAGACAUGCUGCUGCUGCUGCUAAUGUGCUUCUCGGUGGAUUUAAGCAACAGGCUGGGGAUCAUGUGAGUGCAAGGUCCGCAUCAUGGUCCAGCGAGAUGGGCGCAAAGGGAGACAGGUGAUUGGCACAAACCUUCUGUACUGCAUUCUCCUCCUCCUCUGGACUAAAGAGCUCUCUGCACUGACUGAAUUCUCAGGGUAUCUGACCAAACUCUUAGAGAAUCGCACAGUGUCGGCGUGUGAUGGUGACCACCUGACCCUGCAGUGUCCUCGCCAUUCCACUGUCAGCAUUCAGUCUGCUUUCUAUGGCAGCCCUUUAAAUAUUAAUCACCGGAACUGCUCGUCGUUACCUGUCGUGACCAUGCACCAAGCCAAGAUGGGCUGCUGGGUACAGACUGCGCUCCAGAAAGUACUGGAUGAAUGCCAGAACCUCAGAUCCUGCCAACUCCCUGUGAACAGUCGUGUUUUUGGGCCGGACCCGUGUCCGGGUACAACCAAAUAUCUACUGGUGUCUUACAAGUGCAAACCUACUGAAUACAAAUCUGCUUCUGUCUGUGAAAAUGAUGAGCUGAAGCUUCACUGCAAGGAGCCCAAACUCCUGAACAUCUACUCUGCGGUCUACGGCAGGUCCGCCCAUGAAAAGAAUACUUGUCCUAACCAAAUGGACCAGGGAACUCCAUACGACUGUUUAUCCUAUGCUGCUUUGGAUCUCCUAGCGCAGAGAUGUUACGGCAAACAAAGGUGCAAAAUGACUGUAAACGAUGAAAACUUUGGAAGUCCGUGUCUGCCUGGAGUUGUUAAAUAUCUUACUAUAAAUUAUUCCUGUGUUCCAAAAAUCUUACUGACAGAGGUCGACCCAAAGCUCUCUGUUAUAGCUCCCUCUUUGAAGCAGAAUGACGGUGGAUAUGAUAACAAACUUGUCCCCCGUGAGUCUCAACUUCCCAGUAAAGAUGGACUCUUUCUCAGCAAUCUCCUUGCUGCAUUUUCUUAUAUCAGAGAUCACCCGGAAACGACGGCCCUUUUUUUCACUUUGGGCAUUUGCAUCGGGCUCAUCGUCACAGUGUUUGCCCUUGUGAUCCAGAUAUCCCGAAGGACUGAUGGCGUGAGCACACCGAAAAUAAAUGGACACGCUGUGUGUGCUAAAGACUGUGAAGGAAUGGCAGCGUCUAGCAGUGAAGAGGAGGAUGAUGAUGAUGAUGAUGGGUCUGCAAAAUCCCACUUCUCUGAAGAGUUUCGGCAGCUGUGUAAAGCUUCCCGGCCGGUGUAUAAUGCAAUGGAUGCUGCAGACCUUGCAGAGAGGAUAGAACGUAGGGAACAGAUCAUUCAAGAAAUCUGGUUGAACAGUGGUUUGGAUCUACCACCUAAUAGACUCACCAACCUUUACUUCUAAGGGUAUCACUGAUAAAGCAUGGAUCUCAACCCUAUGGCUGAACUGCAGCUCCCGGGAUCUCAAAAUAACCUAAUGGCUAAAGGCUUUUGCGGGGGAAUGUAAUAAAAACCGCAAAGAGAAAAACAAUUCGCACCAAUAAGAAUAAAAAUCCACAUCUCGCAAUGUAAUAUUGUUCCUUACUGUUAUUACAUUGCGAAUUUUAAUUAAUUUUAA